AUGGAAGGCGGAUGGAACCAGAUAUCACCGCCAGCAGAUGCUAAGGAAACAGGCUUUCCAUCAACAAAUGGCAUAUCCGAGCAAUCUGCUAGGAGCUCCGGGGGAGACCUCGUACGGACCCGUUCGAAGCCCUGGAGAUAUUCCCCGCGAGGUUUCGGGUCUCGAAAAAAUAAUGAGCUGCUAGAUUCUAGGAAAGGAGGUAAGGAGGAUACAUCAAUGAUUUCAACAACGAAGGACAAAGCCGACUUUGUCUACAAACCUGCCAGUGGUGAAUUCCUGAAGACUAUGGCCGAGCUAGGGAAGCCGAAGAAUGGACGUUAUUCUUCUGAAAUGACCCGUUCCGUUGUUAACAAUCGCCAUACCUCAUUGCAAAGCAAUAGCUCUUUAGAGCCGACACUUCCUGGAGAGAUCCCACGACACCCCUUCCAUCAAGACUUCUCGACACGCAGUCAGUCUCCUGCUAAUCAAACCCUUUCCAACAAGUCCUCCAGCCCAACAGAACAUUACUUUGACCAGCGAACUCCGGCUACAAACCACAGCACAUCAGCGCGAAACUCAUCUGCUAGGGAUGAAGACUGCAGCAGCUAUGUGUCGCCAAUGGACGUCGAGAAAUCUCCUCGAUCCAUAAUAUCAGACACCGCCGCUGUGCCAACCUAUUUACCUUCCAACCCUGCUCCGUCAGAACAAAGCCGAAGGAAACGAAAGGCCAAACAAAAGCGAGUGGUGACUUCUGAAAUGGUACCCUCCACGAACGACCUUUUUGGCUGA